UCUAUUUAAAUACCUCGAGUACUCCUUUCAUCUUCAUCCUUCCCUUCAGAAGUGAAAACAGAACGGCCAUUUCCUUCAUCUUUUUCUUCUUCUGAAUCUGAAUAUCGCUCUCUUAAUUUCUUCUUCAUCGAUUCUCUAAAGUCUCGAGUCUGCAUUCUCAAAGUUUAUACUUGAUUGCAAUGGACUACGAAGGCGGAUACUGCCCGGCUAAGAUGCAAAAGUACGACUGUCUUCUAUUUGAUCUGGAUGAUACGCUGUAUCCAUUGAAUUCUGGACUUGCAACUCAAUGCCGGAAGAAUAUUGGCGAUUACAUGGUGGAAAAGCUUGGCAUAGAAGAAAGCAGAAUCUCUGACAUGUGCAAUCUUCUCUAUAAGAACUACGGCACCACCAUGGCUGGUCUUAGGGCCAUUGGCUAUAGAUUUGACUAUGAUGAGUACCAUAGCUUUGUUCAUGGAAGAUUGCCUUAUGGUAAUCUGAAGCCUGAUUUUGUUCUCAGAAACAUUUUGUUGAGCAUUCCAAUUCGUAAAGUUAUUUUCACAAAUGCUGAUAAAAUUCAUGCGACGAAGGUGCUAAGAAAGCUGUGCCUGGAAGACUGCUUUGAGGGAAUCAUAUGCUUUGAAACUUUAAACUCGCCUGAAGAAAAUUCAGCUUCUAAUUACAAACCAGAAGACACCAAAUCCUAUAUUUUCGACAUCAUUGAUCACUCAUCUAGAGCACAACCAAAUACUGAAUUGCCCGCGGCUCCAAUUCUAUGCAAACCAUCCGAAUCCGCCAUGAUUCGAGCACUCGAAAUCGCAAAAAUUGAUCUAAAUAGAACUAUUUUCUUUGAGGAUAGCAUCCGCAACAUCCAAGCAGGAAAAAGAAUUGGCCUCGACACAGUGCUGCUUCAGGUGGGCAAUUCACAGAGAGUGAAGGGGGUGGAUCAUGCUCUGGUGAGCCUACACAACAUGAAGGAGGCCUUGCCAGAGCUUUGGAAAGAGGGGGAGAGAUCUGGAAAUGUUCGAUAUGCUGAAAAGAUUGCAAUCGAGACUCCUGUGAUUGCUUGAAUGUACUAUUAUGGGAUAUGUUGUUUCUAUGUGUGGGGAAAUAAGAUGUUCAUUAUGUUUUCAUGAUGAAAGGCUAUUUUACGUGUGCAUCUUUCAUUGAAGUUGUUGGGUUAUAUGGAGAUAAAAUUUCCUCCAAAUGUAGAAUUUUGUUGAUAUAGCAUGUAAUAUUCUCAUUAUUAUGAAAAAUCUUAGAUUAAGGUUUAAUUU